UGCCCGCGCGGCCCGCCCCCGGUCGCCGCGCCGCCCGCAGGUGCAGCCGCGGCGGCCGCCGAGUAGGUGCGCGGGGAUGAUCUCACUCGCGCGCUCGGCGCCAGGAGGAGGAGGAGCGGGAGCCGACCCAACUUCCGGGUAGUGCCGCCGCACGCCGCCGGCAUCUUGCUUUUCCUCCCCUCCCCCCGCUGCACCCCUCGCCUCUCCCUCCUCUCCUUUAUUCCCGGCCCCACCUGCCAAAAUGAACAGCUCGGACGAGGAGAAGCAGCUGCAGCUCAUCACCAGUCUGAAGGAGCCAGCCAUAGGCGAAUAUGAAGACCUCAGAGCAGAGAACCAGAAAACAAAGGAGAAGUGUGACAAAAUUAGGCAAGAACGAGAUGAAGCUGUUAAAAAACUGGAGGAAUUUCAGAAAAUUUCUCACAUGGUUAUAGAGGAAGUCAAUUUUAUGCAGAACCAUCUUGAAAUAGAGAAGACUUGUCGAGAGAGUGCCGAAGCUCUGGCGACAAAGCUAAAUAAAGAAAAUAAAACAUUGAAAAGAAUCAGCAUGUUGUACAUGGCCAAACUGGGACCAGAUGUAAUCACCGAGGAGAUCAACAUCGAUGACGAAGAUGUUAGCACCGACCCAGAAGGCUCCGCAGAGACCUGUGUUUCUGUGCAGUGUCAGAAGCAGAUCAAAGAACUUCGAGAUCAAAUUGUAUCUGUUCAGGAGGAGAAGAAGAUAUUAGCGAUUGAACUGGAAAAUCUAAAGAGCAAACUUGUAGAAGUAAUUGAAGAAGUAAAUAAAGUUAAACAAGAAAAAGAUCUUUUAAACUCAGAAGUUCUUGAACAGAGAAGAGUCUUAGAAAAAUGCAAUAGAGUGUCCAUGCUAGCGGUAGAAGAGUAUGAGGAAAUGCAGGUAAACUUGGAACUGGAGAAGGACCUUCGAAAGAAGGCGGAGUCAUUUGCACAGGAGAUGUUCAUUGAACAGAACAAGCUAAAGAGACAAAGCCACCUUCUGCUGCAGAGCUCUGCUCCUGACCAGCAGCUUUUGAAAGCUUUAGAAGAAAAUGCAAAACUCAUCCAGCAACUUGAAGAAGAGCGAAUUCAGCAUCAGAAAAAGGUGAAAGACUUAGAAGAGCAGCUAGAAAAUGCAGCACUCCACAGAGAGAUUCGCAGCCUCAAACAGCAGCUGGGGCUUCUGGAAGAGGAUAAAAGAGAAUUGGAAUUGAAAUACCAGAAUUCGGAGGAGAAAGCCAGAGAUUUAAAGCAUUCCAUUGAUGAACUCCAGAAACGGGUGAACCAGUCUGAGAAUUGCGUACCUCCACCACCUCCACCUCCACCGCCGCUCCCCCCGCCUCCCCCAAAUCCCAUCCGAUCCCUCAUGUCCAUGAUCCGGAAGCGAUCCCAUCCCAGCGGCGGUGGUGCUAAGAAAGAAAAGGCAGCUCAACCAGAAACAACUGAAGAAGUCACGGAUCUGAAGAGGCAAGCAGUUGAAGAGAUGAUGGAUAGAAUUAAAAAGGGAGUUCAUCUUAGGCCCGUUAAUCAGACAGCUAGACCGAAGGCAAAGCCAGAAUCUUCAAAAGGCUCUGAGAGUGCUGUGAAUGAGCUCAAAGGCAUACUGGGGACACUUAACAAAUCCACUAGUUCAAGAAGCUUAAAAUCCCUUGACACUGAAAACAGUGAAACUGAGUUAGAAAGGAUUUUGCGUCGCAGAAAGGUGACAGCAGAAGCAGAUAGCAGUAGUCCAACCGGGAUAUUAGCCACCUCAGAGUCCAAAUCCAUGCCAGUGUUGGGUUCUGUAUCCAGUGUAACAAAAACAGCCUUGAACAAGAAAACUCUGGAGGCAGAAUUCAACAGCCCGUCCCCCCCAACACCUGAGCCAGGUGAAGGGUCGUGUAAAUUGGAAGGAUGCACAAGUUCCAAGGUUACAUUUCAGCCUCUCAGUAACGCCGGAUGCAAGAGCGAGUGCUUUGGCCGUGAGCAACAAGCUGGACCCGUUGUAGUUUUAGAUCCUGUUUCCACACACGAACCCCAAACCAAAGACCAGGUCACUGAAAAAGAUUCCACUCAAUGCAAGGAUGGCGAAGAUGAAAUUAAACCAGAACACAAAGAAGACGGCAUUGAAAAAAUGAGAGACACAGACAGCUCCCACUGCUGAUCUGCACACCGGAAGGCUGACAGGUGUACAAGCCCUUUCCGAGGGGUACGCGAUCAGUUCUGGCGUAUUGGCAAGCGCCAUAGAUAUUCUGUUCUGGUCACUGUACUCAGAAUGCGGGCUCUUUUCUAGUGUCACUUUUGUAAGUAAUUUACCUAUAAACAUAAGUAAGUUCAGCAAAAUACACAUCCUGUGUAGGUUUUGUUUUUCUUCCUAGGGAUAAGAUGUUUUUUCUCGAAUUACUGUAUUGUGACUUCUUUUAGAAGGUUGCAGAAAAUUCGGAUGUCUGUCUUUUUAGGUAACAUGCAUACCAUUCAUCAAGUGUAAUGCUCAAAGUUGGCAGCAUUGUGGAUAAGUGGAUAAACAGAACUGACCAACUUAAGGUGAUUUAAGAAACCACCCCCCGCCCCCGGCCCCAAAGCAGCUUCUGUUUUAGGUCUGAUCUUCGUUGGAGAGAGAAACCACAGCAGUGUGGAAAUUGCGAGGUGCUGUGGCGGACAGAUUCCUCUAGGAUAUACCGAGCUGAGCUUCAAACUCAGGAGCUGCAGACAUCCAACCAGCCCUCCCGGAGUCCAGGCUAAUUGCACGCUUUGUCGGCUAUGGGACGGGGAAUGUGCACCACUGACUGUGUCCAAAGCCUCCCAAGGACUCCAGUGGGAACGCGGUGGUGGCCCAAAUGCAGAAUGGAGGGGAAAGUCCCAACCUUGGGUUUCGUAGAGUAUUAUCUUAGUAAACCAUGUGCUCUGUGCUCCGAGCUCGUGGUGUUUUCUCCCGUACCGAGUGGCACCAAUACCGUGGUUUCUCGCGAUUCUUCUGAUUCUUCAUCGCGAUUCUUCUGCACAGUGACAAGAAGUGACAAGCACACAGUUUUCUUGCUUCACUGCUGUUCUGCAUUACACAGGUUUGUUGUGUGUGUGUGUUUUUUUAAAGAAAUUAAGUGGUAGUUAGUCUCUAAAAAUACAAUGUUUCAGUCUACCACAGUGAAUAAAUAGAAAUGUAAUCAGGGAUUAAAAAAAAAAGAAAAAAAACUUAUACAGCUUUUCCCAAGUUGAUUGUUUCCAAAUUGGUGUUUAUUUAAAAUAAGUGGUAAUGUACUUGAAUGCAUUUUUUAUGACAAUGAUUCAAUAAUGGUAAUUUUACUAUUAAAGAAAGUGAAAGGUUUAGUUUUGUUAGCGUGGUUCAGCAUGUAGCUGUCAGGUGUUCCUCACCUAAGGGCAAAAGAAAAUGAUAGUAAUAAUGGGAGUAGUUGUGUUUUAUUUUUGCACGUGUGCUAAGCGUAGGCUUGAAGAGGUGGGUAGGCAGGUAAAUCAAUGUACUUCCUAAAUUUGGAGAUAAUUACCCUUCCGUAGGUUUGUUAUGCUUGACUGUUUCCAUGUUCUUCCAGUGAUGAUUUUACAGUUAUCGGUUUACUCACGGGGAAUUAAAAUGUAAUGUUUUCCAACUGUAAUUUUCCUAAUCGAAUAAUACUGCUAUAUGAUACACCAACUACAGGGUGCAUUAACUCUUAAACAAGUUCUGUUAUGCUGUGAUUUGAACUCUCCUCGGCACACUUAUUAAAAAGCACUGACAAUUUCCCACUAAA